CGUAUCUUGUGUUACGUAAAGUGAAAAAAAAAAUACAAAAAAAUGGUCAAUAAAAUUAUCAAGUUGUAUUUACCAACUAUAAAUGUGACGUCAUCAAAAACAGUAUCAGAGGCUGAACAGAUAUCUAAAUUGCGAGCAUCGCAGUCCCCAAUAGCAAUUUCUGUGCAACGAUGCCCGACUUGGUCUUCGUUAGAUCCUUUGCAGUUUCGAGGAUACUGGGACAACUCCGCCAAUGGCACUUUACUUAAUACAGGACAGACAGCAUAUUUCACAUUUGAGUCGUCAGCGCGGCCACGGUUGAGCGGCGGGCCACUCAUAGGGGAGUACAUCUUUGAGCAGAUGCACUUCCAUUGGUCGGUGGACGACUUCACCGGCUGCGAGCACGUACUGGAUGGACAUGGAUAUGCAGCUGAGUGUCACUUAGUGCAUUACAACACUAAAUACCAAUCCUUGGAAGCGGCAGUAGCACAUCCCGACGGGCUGGCAGUCGUAGGUUUCCUAUUGGAAGUGGUCGACGCUCCCAAUCCCAGUUUUGAUGAAUUCGUCGAGGGCUUAGAGAAGAUCAAGAAACGCGACCAAACGUGCGAAGUCUCUUCAGAAUCACUUGCUUGGAUGGACCGAGAGGAUCUGAGCAACGGCAACUAUGUGACGUACAAAGGAUCACUUACAACGCCUCCGUACACCGAAUGUGUUACCUGGAUUAUAUACGAGAAGCCAGUACAUAUUGGUAGCGAACAGCUGGGCCUACUACGGCAAUUGGAGGGUCCGGACAGCAUCCCAAUAGAAAGAAAUGUCCGGCCCACGCAGAGGCAUCCUCCCGGACAUUCCGUCAUCUAUGUGAAACAAGUGAAAGCUAAACUAUAAAAUUAAUAGUGAAUUUUAUUGACAAGACUACAUAAAGUGAUUCAAUUCAAAUAACUAUAAAACUAUACAACUAGUGAUUAGUAUUGCAGUGUUUUAUUUAACAGUGUAUAUAUUUUGAUAA